AUUAGUUUUGGCAUCGGCCUGUGAAGGCGAUAACAGUGUACAUAUAAGUUAAGACGAGUACUUUAUACUUACACGGAAACUUAAUUAUGAGACUUUUUAGUUUACUCUAAUUAUUUCUGAAAUUCUGUAUUAAUUACUUUUAUUGUUAUUGUGGGUGUGUAUAUAAGCCAAAAAAUGUUUAAUUCUGACGUAGAACCCGACGUUUCAUCUAUUUUAUCAGGUUUGUCGAACCAAACCAAUGAUUCACUCAAAGAAUUAUUAAAUACUGAUGAAAAGUUUGAAGAGCUCAUUAAAGAUAAUCCUCAGCUCUUGGAGUUGAAAGCAGAGAAAGAAGAAAUCAUGGUGAGAAAUAGAUCUUUGGCAGAAUUCAAUUUAUCUAAAGAACCUGAAUUAGACAAAGCUAGAGCCAAACUACAAUCGCUCAGCGAAGAGGGUGGUGAAUUGUGUUCUAGUGUGCAAGCUAAACUUGAACAAAUAAAAAAUAAAGCUGGCACUAUGACUGCAGAUUUAGCUUUAGAUCUGUUACAAACAGCAGCAGCAGAAAUGGAAGAAGAGUCAGAGAAAAUAGCAGAAAAAUUUUUGACUAGCGAUUUAGAAGUGGAUGAAUUUUUGGAACAAUUUUUAACUAAACGUAAAAUUAUGCAUAUGAGAAAAGUAAAAGUUGAUAAAAUGAAAGAACUAAUGAAAAGGCCAUCUGUUCAUUCUUCUAUCAAUCCUGGAUAUCCAAUUUCUGGAAAUUUUCCAGGUUUAUCACCUGCUGUUCCAUACCCAACAGGCCUUGUUUCAAUGCCUAUGCCAGUGCCUCCAAUUUUAAAACCUUUCUAGAUAAUAUUAUUUUCAAAAUUUUGAAUGUGAUUGAAUGUUGUACUAGUUGAUGAAAUAAUACAAUUAAUUUUUCACUAAAAGUUUUAUAUUACUUUAUGAAAACUUGACUGAUUGCAAAAAUAAAGUAAAAUUUUACUUCUUA